CUGUUGCCUGUUGGAGUGAAGGCGGACAAAAUGUCCAAUGUAAGAUAUAGGAUACUUGUUUGUCAAGAAUUAUAAUACAGAGAUAUUUUUGUUAAAAUAUCAUAAUAUAGGGACUAAGAGUGUCAUGAAUGGGAAAAAGAAAAUUCGUCGACUGCCGCCGCGCUCAAUUUGCUGAAGCGCAUUGGAUCCCUUCGUGAAACGGAUCAAAGAGGGAACUCUCCACUCCUCCCAGUUUCUCUAAACCCCUUUCCGUUCUUCUCUCGAAACCGGAGUCAAAAGGCACCGGAAUUCAGUUGAACAAUGAACAAAAGCGGUCCAUCCAUCUCAAUGACUUGCAACUGCUUCCGUUCCCGGGGGCAGCGGCCGCAGUUCAAGUUCUUCUCCUCCAUCUCCGACUUAGAAACCCAGCUGAGAUUCCUCUGCGAGAAACCCAAUAAUCGUUUCACUCAAGCAGUUUCACUGUUUCACGACUCCUUCAAUUCUACUUCGCAUUUGCCCUCUCCUUCAAGUUGCAAUUAUCUUCUUUUGUCACUGGUAAGGUCCAAAAACUACGACUUAGCCUUUUCAGUAUAUGGGAAGAUGACCCUCGUUGGUAUCCUGCCUGACUUCAUGUCACUAAGCGGUUUGAUUGAUUGUUUUGUUCAUACCCGUCGGCCAGAAUUCGGGUUUGGGGUGCUUUCAUCUAUACUAAAGCGUGGAUUUAGUCCGAACGUGUAUAUUAUGAAUCUCAUGCUGAAGGGUUUAUGUAGAAAAAGUGAAGUUGGUAAGGCUAUGGGUUUGUUGAGUAACAUGAGAAGAGUUAAUCUUUCUCCUGAUGCUGUUAGUUACAACACAGUCGUAAGUGGUCUUUGUAAGGAGAAUCAACUAGAAAGCGCAGUGAAUUUGUUAGCAGAAAUGGAGGGCGCAAAUUGCGAGGCAAAUUCCUUCACAUACGCAACUCUGAUGGACAGUCUUUGUAAAGAUGGUAAAGUGGAGGAGGCUUUGUCAUUGUUGGAGGAGAUGAAGAAGAAGGGUUUAGAUGCAGAUGUUGUUGUUUAUGGUACAAUCAUAAAUGGGUUUUGUAGAAGAGGAUCGUACAAUGAAGGAAAGGCUGUGUUUGAUGAGAUGCUGCAGAGAGGCAUUCUUCCAAAUGUAGUUGUAUAUAGUUGUUUGCUAAAUGGCCUUUGUAAGAUGGGGCAGUGGGAGGAAGCUGUGACUAUGUUAAACACUAUGUCGGAAAGGGGCAUUGAUCCUGAUAUUGUUACACACACAUGUCUGAUGGAUGGGCUAUGCAAAGAUGGAAAAUCUAAGAAGGCGGUAGAAUUAUUUCAUCGAGUCAUAGCAGGCAAUGCAAAGCCUACUACUGUAAUGUAUAAUGUUCUAAUUAAUGGACUGUGCAAAGAUGGUCUUGUCGCUGAUGCUUUCAAGAUAAUGGAAAUGAUGUUGGAGAAGGGGAGGAAACCUGAUGUGGUGUCUUACAAUUCAUUGCUAAUGGGACUUAGCAAUGAUGGUCAGGUUGACGAGGCACUAAAAUUCUUCUUUUCUGUCCUGAAGGAUGGUGAUCACAUAGAACCAGAUGUGUUCACAUUUAACAUCCUAAUCCAGGGGCUAUGCAAGGAAGGUCGCCUUGAUGAAGCUAUGGAAAUAUUUGAUAUGAUGAUUGAUCGUGGGAGUUGUGGUAAUUUGAUUACUUACAAUGUCUUGAUUGGGGAGCAUCUGAAGGCAGGUUCAAUUGACAAAGCUAUGCAAUUCUGGAAAGAGGUUCUCAAACUGGGGCUCGUUCCCAAUUCAAUAACGUACAGUCUCAUGAUUGCUGGAUAUUGUAAGAUACAGAUGCUGAGUUUAGCAAAAGGACUUUUUACUAAAAUGAGAAUGUGCAGGCUUAUCCCUACAUUGUCCGACUACAAUGUACUAAUAUCAUCACUUUGCAAGGAAAGCAGCGUGGAGCAGGCAAUGAGGUUGUUUCAAGAGAUGAGAGAUUGUCACCAUAUUCCUGACGUGAUUUCCUUCAAUACAAUGAUUGAUGGGGUACUAAAAGCUGGAAAUAUACAGUAUGCCAAAAAGUUGCUCGAUGACAUGGUUCAAUUGGGCCUUGCUCCAGAUGCUUUUACUUAUGCCGUGUUGAUCAAUAGAUUAUCGAAACUUGGACAAGUGGACGAGGCUAGAAGCAUCUUUGAGAGAAUGCUUUCCUCGGGAAUCAAACCAGAUGUCCAUGUAUAUGAUUCUUUAUUGAAAGGAGUCCUUUUGAAAGGUGAAGCUGAAGACAUCAUAAAGCUGCUACAUAAAAUGGCAGAGCAGGGUGUUGUUCUUGACUCAAGGAUAUUCAACACAAUCUUGAUAUGUCUGUGUGACAGCCCUGCUGAUUACAAUAUUGCAGAGAUCUUGCCAGAAUUUCGUCAUGAGAUAUCGGAAGGAAAGAACUUCUCAUGUGAUGAUGUGUUGGCGAAAUUGCAAGAGGCUAUUCCUAAAUUCAAGGCACUUGCUGCUUGAUGAUCUCAUCUCCUCCUUGCAAGAAAUGCUGGUUCAGAAAUUCUGUGGAGUGUCUCAACAGGUGAAAAUAAUUGAAUAGAUUUUAUCAAUUCGUCUGUAAGUUGUGGUGACUGACGUUUCUAGGAUAGAUACAAGUCUUCAGGGUCUUUUUUUGUUAUUGUGCUACCAACCUUUCUUUUGCUUAAUACUUCGGAGGCAAAGAGAAAUUUAUUAGUUUCGAAGGGCUUCAUGUUAUAUGUAACAAGGGGUGUAUAUGAUCCUUGGGUCACCAUUCUUUUUAGCUGCAUGGCUUAUUAGUAUGCUAGGUUUGUAUAUCCAAUGGCCAAUGUGUACUUCUUAUGGUUUCUUCUACUGCUUUAUGCUUAUUACUUUGCCUUUUAUUAAAGUCGUUAAUUUACUUUCUGUAAACAUAUCAUCUUUACUGUUUACAUUCCUACCAUUUAUCGCUACUGGCAAGAGGUCCUGUUGUCAAAUGUUGGGUCUUCGGAUGCUAGAAUCAUAUGCUAGGUUCAGCUAAAUCUUGUGUUUUAGGUGGCUCAAAUUGCAAGAAGAAACACAAGUAAUGGCUUCUAUCAAAUUUCUUGUUCUGGUUUCAUGUAGCUUUUCAAAUUUCUUGGUUGGAGGAGCCUCAUUUGUAGUGUACUGCAGUCUUCCUCCUUCCCUACGUCAUUCCUUUUUUGUGGCCACCAGAAUGAUUUCUGUGGUAAAAAAAGGAGAGAAAGAGAACAAUCUUCUGUUGCUUUUCUCUUGUUGCAUCCGUUGGAUGAUUUUCUUGCUGAGAUCUUGGAUUAGUAUGUUAUUUCUGAAAAUGUGGACUGUGUACACUAACGGAACCUCUUCUGAAUUUCAGCUGCAACCAUAUCAUAAGAUUUAUGCAGAGUCUUCUCUGAACUGGGGUUGAAGUUCAACAGUUCCCACUAUCCCCUCACAAGUUACAGUGUACGCACAGCUGUGUGUUUUCCUCAUCAGACUGAAUAUGUGAAUUGGAUUUCUGAUCACUUUAUGAUUUUGUUCUAACAUUUGCAGCCUUUCCCAUCCAUCAUCCACCUGCCGGGGCUGUCACCUUUUGCAACCAGCCACCAGCACUUCCCUAUGGUCUCCGCCUCAUGCAGGAUCAGUGACCAGCAACUCCGAUGGCUCUAUUCACUGGUCGGGAUGUGCAUCUCCCGGGUCUAUCAUUCGGGUAUGAACUAGGUGCUCCUCUUUAGACCUCAGGAGGCAAGUAUGUAUGAUGAUGUUGACCAUCCCUCUUUGACAAAAUUACUUGCCACAGUGAUGUGCUGCACCUUCAUCAUCAGGCAGUGAGAUUCCUGGGUGGUGAUCGCUCUGCAAUACAUCCGAUUCUGCAAUGCUGAUGUACUGUUAGAAAUUAAGCUCUCAGGAUCUUCAUUGGUCCCUUUUUGUAAGUUGUAACUGCCGAAUUUGUGGGUUGUUUUGACGUACAUUGCAUUAUGGUGAUGCAAAUGCAUUGGGCAGAGGACCUACUUUGUGAAUUUACAGAGAAUUUUCAGAAUGAGAAAUUUAAGAUAAAAAUGGGUACCAUUU